GGAGAAGGGCGAGCGCGCCAGCAGCGCAAAGGGAUGCCAUUGUGCACCAAAAGCGCAGCUGAUUUGACGGCAGAGCUCCUUCUCCAGACGCCUUCAGCUCAAUGUGAGCUGAUUUAUAUAGAGAGAUUGCUUGUUGAGAUGAUGGCCGGAACAAGAAGCGACCUGCAGCGACCUGCAGGAAAUGAUUGGCUGGAGAGAACGGCUCGAAGCAGUGUGGAAGAAAUGAUGGCAGGAUCGCUGAUGAGGUUUGUAGCAGCAAGAAUGAUGGCAUCGGCGCGGCGGCCAGCUCUUGCCAUUGACAUCAGCGAUGAUGUCACCGGCCUCGGGGGAUCCCCCAGAUCGGCGCUGGCUUUUGACAUUGAAAUGGAGGGGCAAGGCAGCCCCAUCCCAAAGGGCUUGGAGAAGAGGCUGGCAGAGCGUAGCGAGAUCGCACGGCCCUACAGCAAUGAAGAGAUUGACCAGAAGCUGAUCUUGGCUGAGAAGAGGAGAAAGGAGUUCCUUGACUGGCUGUCCAACAAGGCGAAGCCAAAGCAGAAGAGCCCAGUCCCGGUGUCCUUCUCGAGCGAGGAAUUGGCGGCUAAGCUGGAGGCCCGGCUUUCUGCUGCAGAAGCGAAACGAACCGAGCUGCUCGCAAGGGACCAGGAUCGCCUAGCCGCCUACUUCGCGUCUCACGAGCAACGCCUAGCGCGCCGCCAGGGCAGCGCCGAGCGUCGCUGGGACGCCACCUGGCAGCGCCUCGUGAAGGCGGAACAGCGCAGGGCGGCGCUCCUGGAGGCGGAGCGGGGCAAGGCGGCGGAGCGCUAUCUGCAGGCACGAGAAAUUGCGCGGGCCGUUCUGGAGGCGCGCGACCAGGGCGCGCGCGCGCGGCAGGAGAAGCUGGAGGAGAAGCUGGUGCGCGCGUCAACGCGCCGCCAGCAGCUGCAGCAGGAGAGGGGCAGCCUCAACCUCAAGCGCCGGGCUUCGCACGGGGACAAGCUCAGCAGGAAACUUGCUAGGCACUGGAAGGCGUUCCGGCAGCAGAACAAGACGACCGCCCAGCUGGCGGAGGAGUUCCAGGCGUGUGACGUCAGCCAGGGGACCGCAACCAAGCUGCCGUUCGAGCGCUUCGCCGGGUCGAUCACGUCAGCAAAGACUGUCAAGGCUUCCAAGGAGCUGCUUGCAAGGCUAGAGACCAGGCUGCUGCUCUCGGACGGUUCUCACAAGGGCACGACGGUCGAGCAUUUACUCCGCCGCCUCUCCGAAGCGUCCCGCCCCCGUCGCAGCCCGUCUCCAAGCCCUUCCAGCAGCCCCAGAGUGCAUUCACACCGCAGCCCAGGAGCGCAUUCACACCCCAGCCCAGGCGUUCGCAGUGGCCUACGGAGCAGCCCAAAGGGCGUUCCGAGCCCCGGUGGGAACAGCCCCGCGGGUGUGAAUACCUUCUCGGAGCGGUACCCGGCGCGGGUGUUUCUGUGCGCGUUUAUGAUUUUGGGGCAUCAAGAGGCUGUGUUCAACGAGAGGGGUCCCCGGGAAGCCGCCCUGACUGAGGCCUCGAAGCGGCUCCUCCCUUUGUUCGAGGAGCUAGUGAUUACUGUUGUGGAGCGCAACUUCGAUUCGGGGGGCAGCAGCCCCAGAGAGUCGUACGAUGGACCUGCGGUUGCCGCGUCCUCUCCCCGGAAGAAGAGGUUUGCAGAGCAGCUCAAAGACUUCGACUCGGCGUGGCUGCACUACUUGGAUCAGUUCGUCGCCUGGAAGGUGAAGGACCUGGGCAGCCUGGAAGGGGACCUCAUCAAAGUGGCGCUACAACUGGAGUCGUCGAUGCACCAGUACACAAAGGCCUUGCACGGCGAAGAUGCGCCGCACCUCACCCCCGACCAAGAGGCGAUCCGCGUGCAAGUCUCCUCCGAUCAGGGCCUCCUGCGGGAGCGUAUCAACCGGCUUACCGGCGAAGAAGGUUUGGCACGCAUGGAAGCCGCGCUCGAAACCCUUAGAGCGCGCUUCAUCCAGCAGAGGGCCGAGGCCCAGUCCGGGAAUCCGCUAGACGUUCCCGUCGAGAUCGUACAGGUGGACUCGCUCGGAAACCGGAUCGGGAGUGAAGUCAGCGGUGACGUCAGCGGGAGGACGGCGCCGGUGGUCGGGGGUCUGUCGGCGGCAUUUGGCGGGAAAGCGGCCGAGGCGGGGGGGCAGAUUUCCGGGGGCGAACGGACCCCCCCGGCACGGAGCGGGUUCAAGUUUUCCCCAUCAAGGAAGCCAGCACCGCUAGAGGUUCCGGCUGACGAGCCCUCCGCUGCGGCGGACGCCAGAAGCUCUAGGGGUUCUGGAAAGUCGCCCAUUGCGAGGCGGCUGUUUGGCGGAAAGGAUACAGGAACCCCCUCGCUUAACCAAGAGGGUUAUGCUCCCCUCUUUACGCUCGGAAAGUCGCCCGUCCUGAGCAGGGCACCGCUGCUUUCGGCAGCCACUGAGACGCUGCCACGUGGCGGCUUCGAGAACAUCCACAUGGUCCACGAGCUGCUGUACGACCCCGACUGGCGGCUGAUGUCAGCUGCCACGUCAGCAGGGGCAAACGAGCCCGAUCCCGACGAUCCGGAGUUCGAUGUUAAUGUGUUCAAAUCGCGACUGGGGGUCGCGAUGGAGAAAGCGUUCUGGGACUCGGUCAAGGAGAAGUUAGUAGCAAACCCGCCGGAUUGGGCGCGCGUGGUUGGGUUAGUGGCGGAGGUUAGGGGAGAACUGGAGGGGUUAGUGCCGGCAAAGUGGAAGGAAGAGCUCACGGAAAGGAUGGAUACGGAGCUUUUGCAGCAGAUUCUCGAGAACAACCCUACCGUCGACUACACCCACCUCCUUGGCCUCCUCCAUUAUGCUGCUGACGUCAUCAUUCGCCUCGGCGCUCCCGCCCGCGACGAAGAAGCGAAGGCCUCGCUCCAGGCCCUGCUCUCCGAGCUCUCUUCCGGCGGAACGGCCUCGAGCGGAACGGCGGGACAGGACGGAACGGAACGGAGCAGGGCGGCGGACACGGUGGUGAAGGGGCUGAGGUACGUGUUCGAGAGGCUGAGGGUGCUGAAGCGUGACGUCAGCAACGCGCGCCUACGCGCGCUCGCGCCGGUGCUCCAGGGGAGUGCGGGGGUGGACUACGAGAGGAGGUGGUUCAUCGAGCGCUACCCCAAAAUUGCGGAAGACGUCCACGUGGCGCUGCCCAGAACGGUGACGUGGCUGGCUGACGUCAGUGCCAGCGUCGGCGCAGCCCGGACGGAUCAUGAGGCGGCGGAGGCAGUCGCCACAGCGGCCGGGUUGCCUGGCCGAGCUGUUGUUCCUCUCCCCCCCAUGCGCACAGGGCUGUCCCGGACCCCCCCUCCGAGAUUGGGAGAAGCGGGCACUCCCCCAACCCCAGAAGCCUCAAAACCCGUUGACUGGACCGCCCCAAGCACGCUGGUUAAGCUGGGUUUGCUCAGAUUCGCCUCGCUAACUCAGGGGGUUACCGAGGAAACCCUCCCGGAGACGUUGCAACUAGAUACGGGCAGAAUCCGCGAAGUGCAGAACGGGUACCAGCGGGUUUUGGUUAUGGUUACUGGGUUGCUGCUAACCCGCCAGGUGCUCGCGAGCAGGGGGGUGAAACCCGGGGCAAAGCUGGAGGCGGUUGUCGAAACCGCGCAGAAGCGGUUAGCUAACCUGUUGGAUAACCCGGCGGUCAACUUGGCAGCAGUUGGGAAGCUGCUUGCAGAGGCGGUGGGCGAGGGGAUCAAUUCGGAAGACUGGGCUGACGUGGGGGAGAAGCAGAUGACGUCACUUUUGGCAAAAGCGACGAGGCCGGACGACGCGAUCUUUUUUUUGGUGGGGAAGGCUCUGACGGCUGCUCUGCGGGGGGCUGUUUUCGCUGGGGCGAAGACCCCUUUGGGAAAGGCGCUAGCUUUGAUUGCGCUCAAGCGGGCUGGGGCGAGUCUAUUGGUAGAGGAUGUUUUAGGAUUGGCGGAAAAGAUUGGGCGAACGGCUGACAUAAACAGCCGCAUUCAUGGGGACUGGUAUACCCAGCUCCUAGUGGACGAAAUUUAGUUGUCCGGGGUGCCAAGGUCCAAGGGCGGAGCAAACCGCAUUACAAGCUUUGUACAGAACAUGGUCAUACGUAUUCGCUAAAAGCCCGCACAUGCUGCACGUAUAGCAGUGGCGUCUUACUAUUCGCAGGUUGCACUUAGUGUGCCAUGCAUAAUUGAUAGUCGCUGAUAUCACGCCACGCGUCGAAUGCACACUAUUAAUUUGUAGCAAGUCUGGAGAGCACUGAUUAGAGGGCCUGGCAGACUAUGUUCCAUCUAUGUACAAGCUAAGCUCAUUGGAACGGUUGGAAGGUUCUUAGUGUUGAAUGAGAUGUAAUCGUUCACUUACAUCCCAUGUGGGGUGAGUCCAAUAGCCUCGUUCAGUCUAGCUAGUCAAAUAAGAAGGUGUUGGAAGGUAGCGAGCAAGAUAUAUAGGAGCCCUAGGUCGGAUACGGUUUAGAACUUAGGGUGUGCGAUUGGUAUCAUUGUGAAUACCAUGUCUUGUGUACGGACGGUAGCUUCCGUCCAGGCUAACUAGUCAUCAGGAUGUACAACCUACUUAGCUUCGAAUUACUCCAGAUAUUGGUUCUUACGUUCGAAAGCCAAUUCAAUGCAUG